AUCCGCGUCAGGCGGAUCGGCGCUCGUCUGCCCGCGCCUGUUGCCCGCUUCCGCUGUCGCGUUGGCGCCGCGGGGAUCCGGCGGGGUCUGAGGGCGCCAUGACCAACGUUUACUCCCUGGACGGGCUCCUCGUGUUUGGGCUGCUACUGGUUUGCACUUGUGCGUACCUGCGGAAGGUGCCCCGACUGCGCACCUUGCUCCUGUCUGAGCGCAGGGGGAUCUGGGGAGUCUGCCACAAGGCUGCUGUGAUUGGGACCCGCCUGCACGUGGCUGUGUCCGUGUCCUGUAUACUCAUGGCUCUCUAUGUCCUCGUGGGAAAGUGAUCACAUGGGGACCUGCUGGUGACCUGAGAGACGCCCUAGGACAGACUAGAAAUCCGGUGACUGAUUCCGAAGACCCCAGUAUGGACCAGAGACCCUGGUACUGGCCCCAGUGUCCCAGUACAAACCAGGGACCCCACUACUGAUCCUGGAGAUCCUGGUACCGACCCUGGAGACCCCAGUACUGACCCUGAACCACCCUUUGCAGCAACCUGGAUCCUGCAUGUGGGACCGCAGGGACCAUCAUGGCCCGUCACCCUCCUUGAGCCCACCAAGGGCAACUGUUGGGGCAACAGGGCACCUUUAGACUGCUGGAAAAGGAUUUCCCGUGAAUUCUGUAGAGAAGUGGAUGAACGGACCCCCAGGACUGGGGGACCCAGCUUUGCCCAGUUAGCCCCUUCCCUUGAUGCCUGGUGGAACCGUGACAGGCUGUGGGGGCCAGGCAGCCCUUCCUCCAUCCGUGGGAUCUUCCUAUGCCCCUGCAGUGGGGGGGGUCCUCAGGGGGGUGUCCUGCAGUAGGAGGUUGGUGACCCCUCUGGAUUGUAAAUACUGGACCACCACAUGCAAAUAAAGUGGGGGUUCCUCUGUGGCA